AUGUACCUGCAGGCCUGCAAGCUGGUCGGGGUGGUUCCUGUGUCUUACUUCCUCCAGAAUCUGGGCACCUCCACCAUGAGCCUCAACCACCACGGCACUGACAGGCACGUCACCAACCUGGAGCUGGUAGACAACUACCUGCUGGCUGACUCGGCCAGAUACCCUGUGGUGUUGUUGAAGAACAACUACAGAGUAAAAGAGCUGGACUUGAGCCACAGUCAGUUCUGUGGGAGAGGUGGGGAGCAUCUGGGCCAGAUGUUAGCAAACGAUGAAGGUCUGGCAGUACUAGACUUGAGCUGGAACCAUCUGCAAAUGAAAGGAGUUGUGGCUUUCUGUGCCGGCCUCAAGGUGAAUGUGACCCUGAAACACCUACACCUGUCCUGGAAUAUCUUUGGGAAUGAGGGGGCCUUGACUUUAGGAGAGGCACUGAAAUUCAACAAACUGGUAUACCUAGACCUCAACAACAACCACAUCACCAACGAGAGGGUGGGCAUGCAGUGCAAAGGGCUGGAGGCCAACGACACUCUCAGAGUGCUGAUGCUGGCUUAUAACUCUCUGACAGUGGAGGGGGCACUGGCUCUUGUCACUGUGGUCAAGAAAACACCCAAAACUGCUCUGGAGGAGAUCAACAUAUGUGAGCAUUGUUGUUCUCUACUUGAUGUACACUAG